AUUAGAAAAGUGCAGUCUUGCAUUGUUGAGUCAGGUGUCAGCAUCUAAUUAUUUUUUCUAGAAAAAGUAAAUUUUUAGUUGGAAAAGAAAAUCGAAACGUUUUACAUUAUGGCCUUUUUACAAAUCACUACCAUCCUAGCUAUAAUAUCCAUCGCGUCAUGUGGACACUAUCCACCAGGCUAUUCAUAUGCCAAAUUCAGUGGGCCAGUGAGUGGACCAGAAAAAGAAAUUAUCGUCUCACACGGUGAUGAUCACCAUGGACACGGCCAUGCAGUCGACUAUAUUGCUAAGCCAGAUUAUCACUUUGCUUAUGGUGUCGAAGAUCCCAAAAGUAAAGUGUCGCAAAGCCGAAAAGAGACGAGACACGGUGACGCUGUUCAUGGCGAAUACAGUGUUGUAGAUCCAGAUGGUGUUUUGAGAACGGUUAAAUACACCGCUGAUAAGAAAAAUGGAUUCCAAGCUGAGGUUAUUACUAGCGGUAAAAGCAAUGGAGGUGGUGGCGGCGGUGGAAAUGGUGGUCAUGGUGGUGGAAGUGGUGGUCAUGGCGGUGGAGAUGGUGGUCAUGAGGAAUCGGGUCAUUUGGAAUCACAAGAUGAUGAUGACAGUGACGAGUACUACUAAAUGAAACACCAACAGAUCAAGUGUUCUUCCUAUUUAUUUCACAACACUAACAAAUAAAUACGGGUAUUACCUUCCUAUAAAUGCUAAAAUAUUCUACUCAUACUUCAUUUAAACAAAAUUAUGGAAUUUGUACUUCAUCCACUUAGAUCAUCUCAAUUAUUUGUAAAUAUUUUCAACACUUUUGUACGACACACUCGACAAGACACAUUUACAUUACAAUCAUUGUGAUAUUAAGUUUAUGCAACCGAAUCGUGUAAGUUUUAAUUGUAAUGCUUGAUAUAAUGCAACCAAUAAACAAAAUCAUCUAGAUAAAAAUCACUAAAU